AUGGAUAACCAGCGGGCGCUGUUCCCCUCAUAUACGCCCCCGAGACUGUCGACCAGCAACACAUACCGGACGGGCGAUUCGAGGAGUCUGACGGCAUGCUCGACGGCGAGCCCACGGCAGCCUCCGGCGUACGGGGACGAGCCGCCGCAGUACCAGGAGGAAUUGCUAUACGACGCAAAGGCCCGGGAGAGAAAGACGGUCUUUAUCCGGCUGCUGACGUCCAUUUUCAUCACCGUCCUCGUUUCUCUCAUCGUCGCGGCCGUGGUGGAAAAGAUUCAUGACAAUGGCGGAGAGAUUCAUCACGAGGCUCCGACGCGGAGCGUGGAGCGUAUCACGGUGGUGUCGACACAGGCAACGACGGUUGCGCGAGAGGCAGUAGAAGCAACGGCAGACGCAGACACGCCUCGCACCAUCAGGCCGACACCAGCGGCAGAGGACGACGUCCAGCCGUCCCAAACGGCGUCGGCGUCGGUGACGACGGUCGACUGCACCUCCAUGGCCCGCCUCACGGGCGCGGUCCUGUGGACGAGCAUCCGGCCGACGCCGACGCAGGCGGCUGGCGAUGCCGAGUCCGAGAGCUCUGCCACGCCCACGGCCGAGGCGACCGAAGAGCGCAGGAUGCAGGGCAUGGAGGUGUAUUCGUUCCGGGGUUGUCUGUGGGCACGGUCGUCGUUCAGGCUCGGCAAUCAAGAGACCGUGACGCGGCUCUGCACCGUUGCUUGCCCGGCCAGGAAUGCCGACGGCGGCAUUGCUCGCAAAGUGGUGCUGGACGACCUGACCUGGAAAGGGUUUGAGGGAGGAAGCGAAGUUGACCAAACGUGA